AUGCCCGGCAACUUCAACGCAAUCCCCGAAUCCGUCCUCCAGUCCUGGCCAAAACCAAAUUAUAUCGACCCCAUCCGAAGAGGAUGGAUGCCUGCAUUCGCCCUGACCUGGCAAAUCGCCUCGACACUGCUCGUCGCUGGGAGAUUCUACCUGCGGGCGAAGAAACAGGCCGGAUCGUUCGGUCUCGAUGAUCUGAUGAUCUUCAUCGGCUGGCUGUUCUCUGUCGGCUUCACCGCGUUGGCUUGGAUAGGAGCGGAGAGAUUUGAUCUCGAUAGACAUACGUGGGACGUGCAUACCACGUUGUAUGUGGGCACGGCGUUGACUGGCUGGAUCGCCCAAGUCCUCUUCAUCCUCAGCACCGUCCCAACGAAACUCUCCGUCCUCCUCUUCUAUCGCCGCAUGGCAAAAGACAGCCUCGACCGCCGCUGGCUGUACGCAAUCUACCUCGCCCUCUCCGUCACGGCCGCCUACGGCCUCGCCAUCUUCCUCACGUACUGCCUAAUCUGCCACCCCCUAUCCGCAUACUGGGAGUCCUACGAUUUCAGCUACGACAAACCCUUCACGUGCAUUGACGGGAACGCCCUGACGCUGACGAGUGGGAUCUUGAGCGUCUUGAGUGACUGCUAUGCCGUGGCGUUGCCGUGUCUCAUGCUUCGGCAUUACUCCCUGGACGUCCCGCGGAAGCAGAAAAUCGUCCUGAAUGUCAUUUUCGGGCUGGGGUUUCUGUACGUUCCUCCUGCCCUGCCAAUCCCCCACUCACCCCUGAACUAA